AUUCAUAUUCAGCCUAUUUUUACAUAUUGUUGAGAGUCCAGAAACAACUGACCCCAUGUUUUCAAGAGACUCUAAAUAUUGUUUCAUAACAUGUAAUAUUAGUCAUGAACUGAAACUACAGCUCAGAUGAAGAGAGUGUUACUGAAGCUCAUCCAGACAGACAUGCAGUAAUUCACCUUCUCAGGUAUGAAGCCCAUGAAGCAUAUUCAUGUGAAGUUAUUUUAAAAUAAGUCUAUCUGCAGCACGUGUUAUUGUUUUGUCCGUAUUUCUGGAGCUGGAGGCGGUUUUUGGAGCAGGAAGAGUGAGAGCUCAAACAGAGCGUGUUCUUAUUUCCCGUAAGCCUCUUGGAUCACAUGCCGUGCAACAGAUAAGAGCUUCAACAAACACCGGUGUAACCACACUAAAGCGAGUUGGAAAUGUAUUAAGAGGUCACUGUAAGGAGAUUCUUCUGGAGAAACUCUUUGGCUGAACUUUAAGAGGUCCAUGAAGUCAGAUGGAGCUUUAAUGAGCGUCUCCUGGCAGGUAUGGAGGAGCCGGUGGACAUGAACCGAGGCUUCUUCAGGAAAGUGGACGUUCCCAAUCAUGCACACUACAUAGUGGCCUUCUUCGUGGCAGUCAUCGGGGCUGUGGGAGUGAUCGGAAACAUGCUGGUCAUGUAUGCCUUCUUCAGUAACAAGAAACUACGGACGCCGCCGAACUACUUCAUCAUGAAUCUGGCAGUGAGCGACUUCCUCAUGGCCAUCACUCAGUCACCCAUCUUCUUCGUCAACUGCAUGUACAAGGAAUGGGUGUUUGGUGAAAUGGGUUGUAAGAUGUAUGCCUUCUGUGGCGCUCUGUUCGGAAUCACAUCCAUGAUCAACCUUCUGGCCAUUUCCAUCGACCGCUACGUCGUGAUCACCAAACCCCUGCAGGCCAUCCGCUGGACGUCCGGACGCCGGACACUCAUUAUCAUCCUCCUGGUCUGGAUCUACUCUCUGUGCUGGAGUCUGGCACCCCUCGUGGGAUGGAGUUCCUAUAUCCCAGAAGGCCUCAUGACGUCCUGCACAUGGGACUAUGUGACAUCCACGCCGGCGAACAAGAGCUACACUUUGAUGCUCUGCUGCUUUGUGUUCUUCAUCCCUCUUGGAAUCAUCUCUUACUGCUACUUCUUCAUGUUCCUCGCCAUUCGGAGUGCAAGCAGAGAUCUGGAGAAGCUGGGCAGUCAUGUGAGGAAGACAGCGCUCAUCCAGCAGCAGUCCAUAAAGACCGAGUGGAAGCUGGCGAAGAUCGCGUUCGUGGUCAUCAUUGUGUUCGUUCUGUCCUGGUCUCCUUACGCCUGCGUCACUCUCAUCGCCUGGGCAGGGUACAGCCACGUUCUCACGCCGUACUCCAAGGCAGUUCCCGCAGUGAUUGCCAAAGCAUCAGCCAUCUACAAUCCCUUCAUCUACGCCAUCAUACGCUCCAAGUACAGAGACACGCUGGCUGAGAAGGUGCCGUGUCUGCAUUUUCUUUCCCAGUCAUCACGGAAAGACUGCAUCUCGGUGUCCAACAGCGAAUCUUCCUUCAAGGAGCCCAUGCUCAGCCGACAGUCAUCAGGGUCAAAGGUCAAGUUCCAGCGAGUCUCCUCUAUGUCCACCGCAGACACGGUCUGGAGUGAUGUAGAAUUAGAUCCUGUGGACCAAAGGAGUCUCAGAAACUCACAUUCGGCCAAUCAGCUGAGAGAUGAAGAAUGGAAGACACAAGCUAAACAGGGCAAGACGAAGAACAAGAGGCGACAGGAGGAAAACCACAGUGAAGAUAAGGCUGCAGCCACAGAGAACGGCUCUUUGAAUGACUGCGGCCUUGACCUGGUGUCCGAGUCCGUCAACAUGGCCACUGUUCCUCUUCUCAUGGCCAAAAACACUCCAGGGGAGGAACAAGAGGAGGAGUGCAAGGAGGAACAAGAGGACAGUAAUUCCCUGAGCCCCCUGAGCAAUGGUCUGGCUUUUUAUGAAGACACACAGGAGCCACAAAUCAUUAUCGGCCCCACGUCAGAGCAGACCAGAGAAGACAAAUUAAUACUGGACCUCAAGAGCCUGAACUGCUCCAGUGAGCUUCUGGAGUCUGUGGAGAAAUUCCUCUCCUGAGGCUGAACCAGAGACCCAGAGAUCCUCUUCUGUAUGUCUAUGUUUCACUGAAGACGCUUGAGAACCACAGUGUUCACAUCAGUAUUUUAGUUGAACAAGUGUAGUGUAGAAGUGUAGACACAGUGUAGAAGUAGCUGAAAGAGACACAACCACUGUGCACAUUUGCUCUUUAACGAAGAGUGUUCUUAUGAAUAUGCAUCACACACAUCAUAAUGAGACUAAAAACAUUUAACUCAAUUAAUUUCUCUAAAGGAAUGUUCUGGGUUCAAUACAAGUUGAGCAUAUUGACUCAUUUUGAUUAAUAUAGAAAAUAAUUGUGAAAGCAGAAAUUUCAGUUAUUGCAAUGCAAGUAAAACAAGAGUUUUAAAGCAGGCAUAGGGAUUUUGUUUUUAUUAAAACGCUGAAUCAUCCAGUAAAAACUGGGUUUAUUAUUUGUGAUGUCCUUUUUUUGCUUGUCGUGCAAUACUAGUAGUUAAUGUAAGUAGAUUUUGCUGCAUGUAAAGUUAUUUUCUAAUAUCCAUGCAUGCAUCAUAAAAUAUUUUUCCCAUAUUUAUUGAUGUUUUGUGGUCAUGACACUGAAAUGAUUUAAUAUAUAAUAUAAAUUUAACACUGACAGUUUUCAUACUGCAAGUGACUCCGGUAAGUAGGUUGUUUCAAAGCAGCAAUAAGCAGGAAAUAACAGUAUUCAUCAAUUAUGAAAUGACUUCAAUGUCAGCUAGAAGCAGCUCCACAGGAGACAAUAGUGUUACUAUUGUUAUUCAGCUCAAUUCAAUUCAAUGUCAAUUCAAUUCAGUUUAAUGACACUCUCAGUGUUGCAAAGUUAAUCAGUUAUGAAACAAAACCGAUUCAAGCUGUAAAGCAGCUCUACAGAAGACAAUAGUAUUAUUACGCCGCUCACUUUAGAUCCAUGUUGAUUCAAUUCUCCGCUUGGACAUCAGGAUGUGCCAGUUUUGUUUUGUGGAUGUUUUUAUUCUGAAAUUUGUGUACUGCUGUUGUAAGUGCUUUACGGUAACUAUUUAUGAGUCAAAUGAUGAGUAAUUUUUUUCUUGUGUGUUAAUUGACAUUACAGGACAAAUACUUAUGAUAGAGCUUAACUUAUACUGAAGCUCGAAAAUUUCUUUAUGUUCAUCCCAAUACUGUAAAACACAGUCAGAUGAGGGAUCUGUGUAAAGCACGUUUAAUUGCUCUAUCCUAGAUCUCUCAGCUUUAUAUUGUGUGCUUCUUUCGGCUGUAUGUUCUCAAGCACCGUACAUGUGAGUCAUCCCAUAACCAAAAACUAAUCCUGUGGCACCUGUACAUUGUCGAAUCCUGUUUUGUAGUAACCUAUGCCAGAACGUUCGAGUGGUUUGUGAGGAAAGAUGUAUAUACUUGUGUAAGAUACAGUAUAAAACAACAAAAAGUGACCUGAAUCUUCAUCAUGAUUCUUAGAU